AUGAAUGCUGAUUUGAUGAGUUUAUCUGUGCUUAUUUUCCAUAGAAUCUGGCUGCGGAGAAAUAGGCUAAUAUUUGAAGGGCAAUUCUCUUCUCCCCUGAAGGUUUUCUCUGAGGCAUCUUCUUUGUUUGAUGACUUCAAAAGGUUCAAUUCAAAGGAUUCUAUGGGGCUGGUUUCCUGUCCGGUUCGGCCUGAUCUUGGCAAGCUAUGGAAACCGCCAGCUACUGGUUCUCUUAAAAUCAACUGGGAUGCUUCUUUAAAUGUUAAUUCUGAUUUGGUUGGUAUGGGGUGUGUGAUUAGAAAUGGGGAGGGAAUCGUUUUGGCUGCUAAAUGCUGUUUUUGUAAGGCAGUGGUGGAUCCAGUGUGUGCUGAAGCCAUGGCUGCCUUGGCAGCUCUGGAUUUUUGUUGUGAUCUAGGUGUGGACAGCAUUGAAUGUGAAGGAGAUUCAUUGCAGAUCAUCAAAGCCGUUUCUUCCUCGGGUCAUUCUUUGGACAGAAUUGGACAUUUUCUAGAUGCUCUCAAACUUAAGGCAGCUUCACUAUCAACUUGCAAAUGGAAUCACUGCUUAAGGGAGGCUAAUGAAGUGGCUCAUCUUCUAGCUAGAAGAGCUUCUUUAAGAUGUUUCUCUCAUGUAUGA